UUUGACCCCCCUUUUUAAAAAGAAGAAGAAUAGUGACCACAAGUGCGUUAGUUCGAAUUGAAUUUAGUUUUGUUUAUUAAAUAACAUAUAACAAUCACGCGAUGUCAACAGGACGUUCAUCGAUGACAAUUAACAUCAGAAGAAGAGGGAUCAUCUUUCAUGUAGUUUAUUGGACUCUCUAAAGUUCUAUACGAAGGAUCGUGUACUGUAACCACAAUUUACCGGUGAUCAUAAAGUGUGUAUUGGAUUAUCGUUUUACCCUAAACACUGAUAGUUGUUAAAUAAUAUAAUAUAAAGCAGUUGACAUCAAUCAGUUAGCCAGUUAUCCAGCCAAGUUAAGUCAAGUCAGUCAAGCAAGUAAAGUCAGUUGUUAAUUGGUGUGGGAGUGUAAUAAAUAAUAAAAGUGAAUAUAGAAUAAAAAGACACGUACCUUGAGAGAAGCGAGAGACUCCUCGCGAUCAGCGCGAGUCGAGUCGAUUCGUCUGAGGGCUCGGUGGUGGCGUACGAAGAGGAGGAAGGAGCCGUCAGGGUGGUUCGAGGGGGGACAGGAGGCGCGGACGCCCUGGCGACUGCCGGGGUGGUUUACCCGGCCGCGACGGCGACGUUGUUCCCCGGCCGGGUGCCGGCAGGACACCAUCACCACCACCACCACCACCACACCGAGUUCACCAGCACGUUGGAGCUGGGGUUCCCGGCGCGCGGCACCACCGCCUCAAUGGCGCUGGUAGCCCCGCCGCCCUCGUGGGCAUCGCGGGACCCUGGAAAUAGUCUUGGGACCGGUGGUGGGCCCUCACCGGCAACGGCACCGGCUGCUGCCACGGCCGGCGGCGGCGGACCACUUCAGGUUGGCCCGCCGCCGCCCAUGCCUCCUACCACGCAUUUAACACCCUCGGCUACGCCCGAAGAUAUCACGUGCCUCGUAUCAACCGGUGCUGUUUUAACACCUAGGGAUCCUUUACCACCUAGCACUACACCUGGAAGUCAAGCUAACAGUUCGCAAUCCGGUAGCUCGCAAACCGACAAAUCACCUAACAUCGAGUGCGUUGUUUGCGGUGAUAAAAGCAGUGGGAAGCAUUACGGACAAUUCACCUGCGAGGGAUGCAAGAGUUUCUUCAAGAGGAGUGUCAGGAGGAAUCUGUCGUACUCUUGUCGAGGAAACAGGACCUGUCCCAUCGACCAACAUCACAGAAAUCAGUGCCAAUUCUGUCGGCUGAAGAAGUGCUUGAAGAUGGGCAUGCGCCGGGAAGGUAUGCAUUCUGUACAGAGGGGUCGCGUGCCAGCAUCGCAACCAACGUUGCCAGGAUUACCAGGACAAUUUUCAAUGACGAACGGUGAUGCGAUAUCGUGCGCGGGUAUAAACGGGUCCUACCUAUCGUCAUAUAUCGGAAUGUUGUUACGUGCCGAACCGUAUCCGACAACAACGAGAUACGGGCCGUGCGGUCAAGCAAGCAGUAACAUCAUGGGAAUCGAUAGUAUAUGCGAAUUGGCAGCUAGGCUUUUAUUUUCCGCAGUAGAAUGGGCAAGAAAUAUACCAUUUUUCCCGGAACUACAGGUGACCGAUCAGGUUGCAUUGUUGAGGCUAGUAUGGAGCGAGCUUUUUGUACUUAAUGCGAGCCAAUGUUCUAUGCCACUUAGUGUGGCACCAUUAUUGGCAGCUGCUGGUUUACACGCGUCACCAAUGGCUGCCGAUCGGGUGGUAGCUUUCAUGGAUCACAUUAGAAUCUUUCAAGAACAAGUUGAAAAACUCAAGGCCCUGCACGUUGACACAGCCGAAUACAGUUGUCUCAAGGCUAUCGUUUUAUUCACGACAGACGCGUGCGGAUUGUCGGACGUUAACCACAUCGAAUCGUUACAAGAAAAAUCUCAGUGCGCCUUAGAAGAAUAUUGUAGGACACAUUAUCCUAAUCAACCAACUAGGUUCGGCAAAUUGUUAUUAAGAUUACCAUCAUUGAGAACAGUAUCCUCACAAGUUAUCGAGCAAUUGUUUUUUGUACGAUUGGUUGGAAAAACACCUAUUGAAACCCUAAUCAGAGAUAUGUUGCUAAGUGGUAGCAGCUUCAAUUGGCCUUACAUGAACCCGAUGUGACACUCUGUUUGGAGGCAGCUUGCUUCCGCAUAAUAUCAUCAUCAUAAUCAUCAUAAUCAUCCUAAUCGUCAUCAUUAUUAUCAUCAUUGUCGGCCAUUUUACCUCGACACUUAACACGACAAAAAGAACAACACGAUGGAAAUCCUUCUCUGAAAUUGUAUAUCAUUUCAAAAAUUGAAAAUAUUCGACGAUUAAUCUCAAUAGGUUCAACCUAACCUAAUCGUCAAAUUUUUAAUUAAAAUUCAAAUUUUUAAAUGAAAUGAAGAACAAUAAAUCAGAAUGAAGAAAGAAGAUUG